GCGUGCAAUUGAUUUCUACCUGCAGAGAGCAAAAUGAGUCUUAUUAAAUAUCCAAACAGUGUCCUCUAGUGGAGAUUUAAUCAAAACAUUGCCGGUGUGUAUUUUAUUUCAGUCAUUCCAGCAGAAGAUUAACUAUUUAUUCUGUACUGGAAACAGGUGCACAUUGAUUCGACCCCAGAAUGAAGAGAUAGAAAGUGUUUAAUAAAGUUUGGUGGCUGUGACUUGAAUCCACUGCAGAAACUGAGGGGGGAGUUAUUCCUCCUGCUGAACCUGCUUGUUUCUCCUUGGCUAAUUUUAACCUGGCAGUGCCAAGAGCACAGGGGCCGAAAGCAACGUUAUAAAACGAGGAGGAAGCAACACGUUGGCGUUUUCGGAUUAGAAAUCCUCUGAUUCAACGUCCUGUAGAUAUGAGUCAGCGUUCUCGAGCCUCCAAGGUUCGACAGCAUGUCCACUGUGAUUCCUGCUACAGCCGGCGCUGCAGGGCUCGGGUGGAGGUCUCUGUGUGCUGUGCCGUCAUCCCCUGCCGCCUGCUCUGUGGAGCUCUCUUCCACCUGUGCAAAGAGGAGGAUCACCUGCUGCUCUGCCCUAACGUGAGGGUGCCCUGCCUCAACGCCCAGUAUGGCUGCCCUUUACACCUACUUCGCUCCUCACGGGCAGCUCACCUCCAGGUGUGUCCGGCCAGCUUGGUGUGUUGCUCCAUGGAGUGGCUCCGUUGGCCGACUGAUGAGACAAAUCCAAACGACAACUUAGCCCUGCAGGAGAACGUGCUGAAGGAAAAUGAGGGUCAGGAGGAGCCUCUGGAUCUCGCCAUGGCCCUGGUGGAUCAGUCCGACCUUUAUGACCGCCUGAAAAUGAAGCCUAUCUAUCCAGAGCUGAUCGAAGAAGAAGAGGUGGAAAUAAAGAAUGAGAAGAAAGAGGAGACGGCAAUGGGAGGGUUUGUCAAUGGUGUCGCAGACAAAGAAAACAGCUUGUGUGACACUAGUGUUGUUGAAGGGGCUGUAGAGAACAGUGUGGGGCAAAGCUCAGGCAUCGACGUAGGGAAAUACAACAUGUGGGAGAAGAUGUUCAGCAUGGAUAAAGGUGGCUGUGAUGCUGCUCAGGCAAACCAAGACAAUCUCAAACAAAAUCCAAAGCUCGAUGAGAAGGUGAAGGACAAAGACACAGGGAAAGAUGAUGCGGCUGCAGACACAAGUGAGACCGGUCUGGCCCCGUGGCACGAGGGGGUGCUGGAGCGUCUGGGGCAGCAGCUCACCCCGCAGGAGUACAACAUGUAUGUGGCACAUCACGGGCGCAUGCUGCUCACUUUCGGCCACAUACAGGCCUGUACGCCGAGGGAGUUGGAUUUUGUCUACGGCAGCUUGGAACCUAUCCCAGUCCAGACUCUGCACUCUUUCAAGGUCCCUGUCAGCUAUCACUACAGCAGGCGUCGGAUUCAUCACUACGACACAACUCGACCUCCGAGCGAGCCUCGCAGUGUGGACACAUCCGACCUCGUCGUCAACGAAGAGGACUGGUUCGGUGAUGAAGCAGCAGCCACCCUGCUGGGCUAUGCUGAGGAGGAGGUCAGGGGUCACAAGAUCAGUGAGUCUGUUGCAUCCGAUGGGCUUUACGUCGACGUGGGAACACAGACGCACUCGUUCCGCACGGCUCCGUUUAAAGCGAAGACGACCCUGGCGGAGGUGAUGGUGGACAGACCGCUGAAGAUUCGUCUUCAGCUACAGUCAGAGAGAGUGAACAGCAGGAACACCAGAGCCAACUGCGUCUUCGCCUUCCUCUGCGGUCACACCUUCCACCGCAAAGAGUUUGCCACACAUUUCAGGAACGUCCACAGUGACAUCCAGACGAGUCUGAGUGGAUGGUUCGAGCAGAGAUGCCCCCUAUCAUAUCUGGGAUGCACCUACAGCCAGAGGAGGUUUCAGCCCUCCACACAUAAAGCCACCGUCUCCUACAAUCAGCAGCUGAGGAUUUUCAACUUGCGUCCAACACUUGAAGCCUCAAUAGGUGACGCCUCCCAGCCAUCCAGGAGCUCAGAAGACUCCUCCACCGCUCAGAGGAAGAGAGGACGUCUGGCCAGAGGAGGGGAGGACUCUCUGAGCUCGCUGCCCUACGAGGUGCUGUGCCACAUGGCCAGUUUCCUGGACAGUCUGUCCCUGUCCCAGCUGGCUCUGGUGUCCCAGCUGAUGAGGCAGGUGUGCUCCUCUCUGCUGCAGGCGAGAGGGAUGGUCACCCUCCGCUGGGAGAAGAAGAACUACUCACAUGGAGGAGCCAAGUGGAGGGCCAAACCUGUGUGGGAGUUCAGUCACCUCUUCUCCUCAGUGGAUUCAUGGCAUAUGUCAGACGUCCCUCCCAUAUCCGCUCAUCUAAAAGUCUGUCCUUACUACGAGACCUCUCUGCACAGUGAGCGUGUUGCCCUCCCCAGCAUGGCUGACAAACAGGAGUGCAGCCAGGAGAGGCUCAGCCUCAUCAACCAAUUCACAAGAAAUAGAUGUCAGCAAUGAAAAAAAAUGCUUUUAAUUCUACCUGCUGUGUCAGUAUGUAUUUGUGUAUUAUUGAAACUGAUGGCAGAUUACAUUGCACAAGAAUAGGGAUGAUGUCUUAAAACCAGUAUGUCACUAAGUACUAAACAAAGCAAAUAAAAUCAACCUGAACUUG